GUUUUGUCGGUUAGGACUGACCGCAUUGCGGGCAAGCACGUAGGAACCGCCGCGUUUGCCCGUGUUUGGCUCCAUCCUGAGACGUUCCCCGUCGGACGCUAUUUGCGGGUGGACCAACAAGCAACGAUUACGCAACAGAGCUGCGCGAGCUGCUGCUACUUCCUGAACCAUAGUAACAGAUGAAAAAGGAGCUUUUAGCCGCAGCCAACAAGCGGCCCAGACUGCGAUUUGUCCCCGCGAGCACCGGAGAAGCGUCGAGGCUCGUCUCCAGCAGCGUGCUGCCAUGGUGGAGACUCCGGCCGGCUGUCUGUUCGAAGACAUCCAGUGCGAGGACAUCCAAGUGGAAACGGCUGUCGGCAGAGGCACGUUUGGAGUUGUCUUCAAGGCUGUGUGGAAAGGAAAGGACGUAGCCAUCAAGACCAUUGAGAGUGAGAAUGAGCGCAACGCUUUUCUUGUGGAGCUCCGUCAGCUCUCCCGGGUCAACCACCCCAACAUUGUUAAGCUUUAUGGCUCCUGUGACAGUCCAGUGUGUCUGGUGAUGGAGUAUGCUGAAUGUGGAUCUUUGUACAACCUUUUGCAUAGUGCUGACCCACAGGCCCAAUACACAGCAGCCCAUGCCAUGAGCUGGUGCCUGCAGUGUGCCCAAGGGGUUGCCUAUCUGCAUGCCAUGAAGCCAAAGGCCUUAAUACAUCGGGAUCUCAAGCCACCAAAUCUGCUGCUUGUCGCUCGUGGUACCGUACUGAAGAUAUGUGACUUCGGUACAGCCUGUGAUAUUCAGACCUACAUGACAAACAACAAAGGCAGUGCAGCUUGGAUGGCACCGGAGGUUUUUGAAGGCAGUAACUACAGUGAAAAGUGUGAUGUGUUCAGCUGGGGCAUUAUUCUGUGGGAGGUCAUCACACGCAAGAAGCCCUUUGAUGAGAUUGGUGGCUCUGCAUUUUGUAUAAUGUGGGCUGUUCACAGAGGUACACGGCCUCCUCUGAUCAGAGACCUCCCUGAACCCAUAGAGACUCUGAUGACUCGUUGCUGGGACAAAGAGCCCAGCCAGAGGCCUUCCAUGGAGGAGGUCACAAACACCAUGAGCCGUCUCAUGAAGUUUUUCCCAGGUUCUGAUGAACCACUCGACCUCCCCCACCAGCCUUCGGCCAACAGAAGCGGCUCCUCCCCAGGUACAAGCUCAGACUCGUGCGCCGACUCCACCAUCAACAGCACCAAGAGUGAUGACAACACAGAUCCCAGAAACUCCCUGGGCAGAGAGGAAACCCUGAAGAUCCCGCUGCAGUUCAAGCCUUCAAAGACUGCCACGUUGCGUACUAACGUGUCCAGGGUAGAAAAUCAGGCAGCACACCCCCAAAGCCACUGCUCCAGUCCUGUCAUCACCAGCGGCCAGUCAGAGCUGAGGAUGACCUUAAGUUCCACAGCCAUCAAUGGCGUGGACAGCUCUGUCCCCAUAGCCUGCCUCAAACUCGACUACCAGCUGCAGCCUCUGGCUCCAUGUCCAAACUCUAAAGAGUCCAUGGCUGUGUUUGAGCAGCACAUCAGGAUGGCACAGGAGUACAUCAGAGUGCAGUCAGAGAUUGAGCAGCUCCUUCAGAAAAAACAGGAGCUGAUGUCUCAGCUGGAGCAGGAACAGAGGGAACAGCAGUCUUCAUCUCGUCUCAUCCAGGAGCACAACAAGCUGCUGGAGGACAACGGUCAGCUCCUGGCCUACAAACAGGACCUGAAGAGCAAACUUAGUCUGAUGAGGAAUCAGGAGCAGCACAGUUAGAAGGGGACUGGACCACGGCCGGUGUCCUCCGCUGAUGCUCCGCGGAUCCUCCCUGCUCUCCUAUGGACCUGUGUAUCUCAAGAUGAAAACGGGAGAAAACAAAAACAAGCCAAGGAGCUGUGACUUUUAAGUGCCUGCAUCAUUUAUUUCACUAUGGACGCUGUUUAAAUCCACAAAUUACCAACAGAUCAUGAGCAACUUUCCUCACAGCUUCAUUUUUGACCAUAUUCCAAAUAUAGGCACUUUGUGUCUACAUCACAUUUUAUAUUAAACAAAAUGAAACUGAGCUCAUUUGACUAUAUCCUGCCAACAAAUCAAACCCCACAGGAUGAUUAAACCUUUAAGUUCUAACUUUUAAAAUAUGUAUUUAUUCAAACAAAGGUUAAAGUUCCAUCCCAUUCACAGCACAGACGUCUGGACAAUAGUGGGACCAACAUACAGACUUUUAUUGUAAAGUGGCUUUUUAUUGUUUAUGAAUAGUUGGAGGAACUUUUGGAUUUUGUAAUUUCUGACUUUAUUCAUUCACUUGUCACAUUUUUCUUGUGUGUGUGAGAAGAGGGAUGAUGUUGAGUCAGUGUUCGUGUGAAUACCAGCCUUACCAAAGCGACAAGCCUUCAGAGGUUUGUCAGUGUUGGUUAGUUUGAAAAGGAACUGCUCCGCAUGGUGUAGUCUCUUCAGAGGCUGCUUCAUUUGAAUGCACAUACUUUGCCUUAGGUGCUCUGUAUAGUUUACGUGUUUUCAUAUUUGUUUAACAUAUAAUACAUUGAGUUUUUUUGAAAAAUAUAACUGGAUGAAUAAAUAACAGACAAGUAUAUAAA